CCAAGUAUCGAUGCUAAAUUACGCACAAAGGUGUGUCCAUUACGCACCAUCCAUUCAAUUCAAUCAAGUCCGCGGGGAAAAACCAGUAACCCAUCCAUCAUUUAUUAAAUCUAGGAAUUAAAUUCUUCUGCUGCUGCGCUGUUCUUUUCUCUCGAUUCAUAAUUAAUACUCCAUAGUCUACAUAAAUUACUACUUCUCCACGAUUCAUCACCCUCGGUUUCAUCCUUCCGACAUUCAAUUUUACUGCUUCUUCUUCUUCUUCCAAAUUGGAAUCAAAUAAUUUCCUUGUCCUUGUCGAGUCAAUGGUAAUGAGAAGGUGUUGGUUUUGAUGACAAACAUUGGGUUUUGCAGCCAAAUUCGCGGCUUACGCGAUACAAUUUGCGGAUGCUGUUCUAAGAUAAUCCCUUGUCUCUCUGAUCCUGAGACGAGAUCGUCAUGGGGUUUGAAAGCGUCUCUAGUGAUGCUUCAUUUGUUAUAUGUUGGUGUUUUAUUUAUUUUUGACAAAGAUUUGAUCCAGAAAACGGUUAAUCAACCAUGGUACACCGCAGCAUACUUGUUUGUGCUUCUUGCAACCUUAGCCCAAUAUUUCAUUACAGCAGGAACUUCUCCUGGGUAUGUCCUUGACGCAAUGAGGGUUGUCAAUGAGUCACAUGCUGCAUUCAGAAAGACAUCAGACUCGAAACAAUCUGCUUCAAGCGGAGACGGAAGCUUGACUAUCUCUGUGGAAGGGGACCAGGUCGGAAGAACUUAUUCAGGAUCAUUCAGCACACCAUGGACAAAGAUGGUUAUGGACAUGUACCCCCCGGGAUCAUCAGUAAGGACUUGGACCUGCAGCCACUGUAAUAUAGUGCAGCCUCCACGAUCAAAGCAUUGUCAUGACUGCGAUAAAUGUGUUCUUAAGUUUGACCAUCAUUGUGUUUGGCUCGGGACAUGCAUAGGCCAGGAUAAUCAUUUUCGAUUUUGGUGGUAUAUUUUCGAAGAGAACAUAUUGUGCUUCUGGACUGUCAUCUUAUACAUCUCUUAUUUGCGGUCUGAUACUCUUCGAGCAUGGUGGAUUGAUGCGAUUAUGAUAUUACUUCUGGCGACUUUGUUCAUGUGCACCAUAUUCAUUUUCCUCCUCCUUAUUUUCCACAACUAUCUUAUACUCACAAAUCAAACCACUUUUGAACUAGUGAGAAAGCGUCGAAUUCCAUAUCUAAGAGGUAUUCCUGCAAAGGUAUUUCCAUUCAGCAAGGGUAUCUGUAGAAAUGUCAGGGAAUUUUGUUGUACGUGGGGUAAACAUAACAUGGAAUCAGUUCCACCACUUGAAGACCUUGAAGAAAGAGCAAGACCCUACACCUGCUCUGAUGUAUUAUGCUGUCGUUGCUGCUGAUUGCCGUGUAAAACUAUAUCUUUCAGAAAGAAUUCUUCUGUUGUAAUUAAUCUGCGGUGGUGACUCUUGUAACACAUGAAACCUGUACCUAUUUUUACAGAACAAUAUGAGAUGAGUAGAUUUUUACAUGGGAUUUACUAGUUUUCAGAACCCCGAAGCCCUUUUGAUGAGCUUUUAGAGUUUUUCGGCUGAGGUGUAGACUGUGUAUGCAUAUAUGAGAGAACAAAAUUAGUGCAACUGUACAUGUAUAUUGGAGUUUGUUUAUCCCGGGCGCAAAAUAUAAAAGAUCACACAGGUUGGUUGGUUGAA